AUGACCUGUGGGCUUAGGGAUAAACCGGAAGACCCUCACCUCCCGCAGACACACCCCCCUCUCUCUAUAAAGAAAUGCAUAGCCCUCUCUCUUGUCCCACUUCUCUCUCUUAUCAAAUCUGAAACACACACUUCUCUCUCUCUCUCUCUCUCUCUCUCUCUCUCUCUCUCUCUCUGUGUUUAAGUGUCAAUUUGUGGCUCCUUCAUGGGAAGAAGAAGAAGAAGUGGAAGCUUAGCUUGCUACUGCUGUGUUUAACUUUCAUUGAUUGUAGCCUUGGAAGUUGAGAAGAUAUUGGAAUUGGAUACAAAGCGAAGAAAUGGAAGGAGGGAUAAUUACAGAAGCAGAUACAUCAGCUUUCAGGGACUGCUUCUCUCUGGCAUGGAAGAAUCCUUAUGUUCUUCGCCUUGCCUUCUCUGCUGGCAUUGGUGGCCUCCUCUUUGGCUACGACACUGGAGUGAUAUCAGGAGCUAUUCUCUACAUAAGAGAUGACUUCGAGGCUGUGGAUAAGAAGACCGUCUUACAGGAGAGCAUCGUGAGCAUGGCACUUGCUGGGGCAAUCGUUGGUGCUGCCAUUGGUGGCUGGGUAAACGAUCGCUUCGGGCGAAGGAAGGCAAUACUAGCUGCAGAUUUCCUAUUUUUCGUUGGAGCAGUUAUAAUGGCCUCUGCUCCCAACCCAAUUCUUCUCAUUGUCGGCCGAGUUUUUGUUGGACUUGGGGUUGGAAUGGCGUCAAUGACAUCUCCACUGUACAUCUCAGAAGCAUCUCCUGCCAAAAUCAGAGGUGCACUAGUUAGUACCAAUGGCUUUCUGAUAACUGGAGGACAGUUUCUUUCUUACCUCAUCAACUUGGCUUUCACCAAGGCACCUGGGACAUGGCGGUGGAUGCUUGGAAUUGCUGGAGUUCCAGCUCUGGUACAGUUCAUACUGAUGCUGCUUCUUCCAGAAUCGCCUCGUUGGCUUUUCCGCAAGGGAAGAGAAAAAGAAGCAGAAAUCAUACUAAAGAAGAUAUACCCAGCCCAUGAGGUUGAGUCUGAGAUUCAAGCUCUCAAGGAAUCCAUCGAAACAGAGAUUCAGGAAACCGGGUCUUCAGAGAAGAUUAACUUCUUCAAACUGUGGAAAACCAAAACAGUGAGAAGAGGACUCAUUGCUGGUGUGGGGCUUCAGGUGUUCCAGCAGUUUGUGGGCAUAAACACAGUCAUGUAUUAUAGUCCCACCAUAAUUCAGUUAGCGGGUAUUGCAUCAAACCAAACAGCUCUUCUCCUGUCAUUGGUCACAGCUGGGCUCAAUGCCUUUGGCUCCAUUGUGAGCAUUUACUUCAUUGACAGAACUGGAAGGAAGAAGCUCCUCGUCAUCAGUUUGUGCGGUUGUAUAAUCUCUCUCGGGCUCUUAUCAGCAGUCUUCCACGAGACUGCCUCACAUUCACCCAAUGUCAGUGCUGCACAAACGUCUCAAUUUGCAGCAUACACUUGUCCAGAUUACAGUUCAGCUGGAAAUGCUGGGGCUUGGGACUGUAUGACGUGUUUGAAGGCUUCAUCUCCAGAUUGUGGAUUCUGUUCUUCACCCAGUAAUAAGCUAUUCCCAGGAGCAUGCUUGAUACAAAACGACACCGUGAAGGAACUGUGUCAUGCAGAAGACAGGCUCUGGUACACAAGGGGAUGCCCAAGCAAAUAUGGAUGGCUUGCUUUAAUCGGCUUGGCACUCUACAUCAUAUUUUUUUCUCCUGGGAUGGGUACCGUUCCAUGGAUAGUCAAUUCUGAGAUAUACCCACUAAGAUUUCGAGGGGUCUGUGGAGGAAUAGCAGCCACUGCAAACUGGAUUUCAAACCUCAUUGUUGCCCAGUCGUUCCUGUCUCUAACACAAGCCAUUGGAACUUCAUGGACAUUCCUGAUAUUUGGGUUGAUAUCUGUUGUAGCCCUGUUCUUUGUUCUUGUCUAUGUGCCAGAAACAAAGGGGCUUCCAAUUGAAGAUAUCGAGAAAAUGUUGGAAAUGAGAUCUCUGCAGCUCAGGUUCUGGAAGAAGAAAACUAACCCACCACAGAAAACUCAAGUCGUUUGAAGAGUAAGAGUGGAACUACACAGAUCUGUGAUUUGAGAGGGGAGCCUGCUAAUUGGGCAGUGAAGCGGUUUCAGUUUGUAGUUUGUAGCCUUUAGUAGAAGUGGACUCAAUUGAAUUAAAGUCCUGGAGGAUAGGACAAUCUCUAGAAAGUUUCAUGUUUAGUUGAUAUAUAUAAUUAAUAAGAUGUUUGUCAAAGGGAAGAAUUGAAAUAGUUUGACAGGCAGAAAUAUUAUGUUUAGCCUAUGCAUACAAACAGACAACUGUUGAAUGGGAGAUAAAAGACUGUUAUUGUAUA